UUCUUCUUCUUCUUCAUCAAAUCAAAUUACAUAAUUCUCAACACCACACCAUGGCCGGCGAACGUUCACCUCCGAUGAUCAUAACCGUCAAGAACAAGAACAAGAAUGUUAAAUCGCAUCAGAAAAUUCCCAAUGUCCAGAACCCAGAUCACGCGAUUUGGGCAAACGCAGCGUUCACGAAAUGGGGAACAGAAGAAAUAUUGGCUGUAGUGAAAGAUCACAAGAUCCCCUGCGCAUUCGUUCUUGCCUUGUUCUUCUUCAUGUGGACAGAGUAUACCCUUAACAUGAUCUCCCCUUCAUCGCCGCCGUUCGAUAUCGGAUUUGUUGUCACCGCUCACCUUCACCGGAUUCUCGCCGCCGAUCUUGAUCUCAAUAACUUCCUCGCCGGACUUAACACUGUUUUUGUGGGGAUGCAAACAUCGUACAUAAUUGGGACAUGGGUUCUUGAAGGUCGGCCAAGAUCUACUAUAGCUGCUCUGUUCAUGUUCACUUGCAGAGGAAUUCUUGGUUAUUCUACUCAACUGCCUUUGCCUCAGGAAUUUUUAGGGUCAGGAGUGGACUUUCCGGUGGGGAAUUUAUCGUUUUUCUUAUUUUAUUCGGGUCACGUCGCUGCUUCGAUCAUAGCAUCUAUCGACAUGAGAAGAUUGCAGAGGAAAAAGAUGGCUUGUAUUUUCGACGUUCUGAAUGUGUUACAAUUUGUGAGGUUGCUCGCCAGUCGGGGACAUUACACAAUCGAUUUGGCUGCUGGGAUUGGUGCGGGAAUUCUCUUCGACUCCUUGGCUGGAACUUACUUGGAUAGAAAACAAGUGCUUAACACAACUUCAAAGAAAUGUGUGAAAGAAAUACUAGAUUGAGUGGUUUUUUUAGACAGUGUCUCUGUUUUCUAAUAAUUUAAUGUAUAAGAGUACUGUUUAUGUUUUAGAACAUUUUAUUAGAAAUGUUUUUGUUUAGAAAUUUAUACAAAAUUGAAGACAUUUGCAUCA